AUGCCUCGCCCUGCAGGCCUCCGCGUGCGAAAGCGCAGCCCGAGCCCGGACGAGGGCGCCCUCCGCGAGCAGGCCCUCAAAUCGCAGCUCUCCGCUCGCAACCCGCGUCGCGAGCGGUCUCGUUCACGCUCCAACUCCGAGGAGAGGCUCCUCUCGUCGGAGCCGAGCGUGCGGGCCGCCGCGAGAGCGGAGAAGGCGCGUGAGCGAGAGCGCGACAAGCCGUUUGCGACCGGCACGGUGGUCGAGGGGACGGUGUCGUCCGUGCGCGAGUUCGGCGUCUUCGUGCGGCUGCCUGGCCGGGACCGCGACGGCCUCCUCCAUAUCUCGCAAGCGUCCGACAAGCGUAUCUCCGCCGAGGAGCUGCGCCUCCUCUACCCGGUUGGCAAGGCGCUCUCGGUCAAAGUGCUGUCGGUGGCGCCCGACGGGAAGCUCUCCCUCUCCGCAAUCGGCGCGGACAAGCUGCAGGCGGGCGGCAAGCCUCCUCCGCCUCCCGAGGUCUUCUCGAUCCACCGCGCUGAGGUGCUCAACGGGACGGACUUUGCCAUCUUCGCGCGCCUCGAGAGUGGCUGGGAGGUGAUGGUGCACGAGUCGCAGCUCGACGAAGGCAAGCUGCGAUCGGUCAAGGCGAAGAGGCCUAGCGACUACUACCACCGCGGCAUGCAGGUCUGGCUCAAGGUCUCCGACCUGCAGCAUGCCAAAGACGGGCAGCAGGUCAAGGCGAAGCUGCAGGGCUCCUUCAAGUAUGUCGACCAGCAGAGCGGCGCAGACCUGGACUCUCCGCCGUCGGUGCCAAAUUACUAUGGCGCAGACCCGUCGCCGAGCCCCGACAGGGGAGGGGGGGGCGAGGGAGGAGGGGGGGGCGGCGGCGGCGGAGGCGACGGCGGCGGGGAGGGUUUCGUAGCCGCGGCGGGCUUCGACGGAAGGCGCGACGGGUACGUGUUUAAGCUCGGCAGCGCUGGGCUCGGCUACUAUCUCGACGGGGCGGGCAGGCCGCCAGCGGCGGGCGGCAAGCCGGCAAAGCUGGCGGCGAUGCUGGCUGCGAUGGAGGCGGAGGAGGCGGCGCGCAAGGAGCGCAAGAAGCGGAAGCGGGAGAAGAAGGAGCGCAGGCGGGAGAAGAAGGAGAGGAAGAAGAAGGAGCGCCGCCGUGGCGAGGCGAGCGAGGAGGAGGCGCGCGGGAGGGGCAAGCGGCGCCGCUCCUCCUCCUCCUCCGAGUCGAGCGGCUCCGAGCAGCCGCGGCGGUGA